AUGCUGAGCAGCACGGGGCAGCAACAUAUCAAUACCUCUCCUCAAGCUCGCACGCACACUCGCACUCGCAGUCAGGCCAUCCCCACCUCACCAUCCUCAUCAGGCCUCAAGCACUCGUCCCCCCACUGUCAAGGUGGGCAUGAUGCAUCCAGUCAGCUCAACUCGAACGGCACCGUCACCGUCACCGUCACGCCAGCGUCUACAUCGCAGCGACUCGGCCCUUGCGUCAGCCAUGUACUACGGCACCCUCGUCACCGUCACCGUCACCGUCACCGUCACCGUCACCACCACCGUCAACGUCGCCCUCAAAGUCAACGUUAUUGGCUUUGCAUAGCGCAGCAGUCUGUCGACCUUGCCACGCAGAGCGCCGUUGUGCUUCUGCCCAUCAAUGUCAAGAGCACUUUGCGUAGAGUGGAAGCACGUCGAUUCAAAGGCACAGAUCAAAGAGACCAGACUGAGGAAGACAUUGUACACGUCAUCGACGCCUCGACUGGGCUGGCCCAUCAAGUCCCUUUCUUCCUCGCGACCAAGACCCACCCGCCACGGUGUGCUCCUCUUGCCUUCGCACCAAGUCUCCCCCGCGCCUCCCUGACCUGCAUCUACGACUUCGGCACCGCAUUCAUCAAGUACUGGUCGCCCGUCGUACGAAGCACCACUGGGCCAUCUGGCCAGACGGUGGAGGUACAAGCAAUCAUCUGCGGACCAGAGGAAGCUGGCAGCCUUGGCUCCGCUCCCGCGCCCACAACCACGACGCAAGUUGAGGAGGACGACCUCGCUGGGAGAGUCCAACACCCCUUCCAAGGGUUUUUGUGGGACCUCCCACUCGUCGACAUCGCAAUGGGGCUGAGGGAGUUCCGUGCUGACGCAAUCGUGCGCAGCCUGCAAGCCUCCAUCCAAACGACGAACAAGACGACAUCUUCCUCCUCCUCGGUAUCCGGCUCUUCCUCCUCUUCUUCCUCCGCCUCUGAUCUCGAUGUCCACGGCCGCGUAUACAGCCCCGGCCAGGCUCUUGGCUUUACCCCUCCCACCGACGCCACGAGACUCGAGGAUGAUCAGCGCGCUGGCACUCUCCCAUCCACCUUCAUGGGACUUCAUUGUCACCUGCCAGCAGUCGACGUAGACUUCGAGCCAAGAGCCUUUGUGGCAGAGGCCAGCAGGCAGCGGGCCGUCAACGCUGGAUGCAACAGUCAGGUGGCACAGGCAGUCACUUCGCGCACGGCACCAGACCAGCCGGCUCAAUUUGCUCAAAGUGAUGCUCGUGGCGAGAGGAGCCCGGAGGCAGAGAUGGACGCGACUACUGAGGGCAGCAGCGGCAAUGACCUGCUGACGGACGACGUCGACAUGGUACUUCUCGACUCCCCCUCCCUCGACAACGGCGCUCGGGCAUCUUCUCCCCUCUCCUCCGUCCCCAGCCGCACGCCCACGCCCACGCCGAUGGCUCCCCCUUCAGCAGGUCAACCCCUCCGUCUCGCCCCUCCUCCUCUGUCUGACCUCCAGCGUCCAGCCAGACAAGCUGAGCUGCUGAUCCGCCCGUUCAUCGACGCCAUGGUGGAUGCAGCAACCUCAACGGCUCUGGCCGCCAUUCAAGACGAGUUGAAACAGGACGGGCGCCCUUCGAUGGCGGCAAUGGCCAUGGCACGAGCAGACCUCGCGCUCACGACGCCAUUGUGA